CUAGCAGAACCAUCAAUAAGAGAUGCAUUUGUUUCUUGCAUUCAACAAGGUGCAGAUCGUGUGAUUGUAAGCCCAUUUUUUCUCUUCCCUGGACGACAUUGGCAUCAGGAUAUUCCUUCGUUAGCUGCUGAAGCUGCAAAAGAACACCCUGAUGUGUCAUAUAUCGUUACUGCACCUCUUGGUCUGCAUGAUCUACUUGUGGAUGUUGUUAAUGAUAGGAUCAAACACUGUUUAAACCAUGUAGCAGGAGAUGCUGACGAGUGUGCAGCUUGUGCUAGUACAAGCAAGUGCAGGCUUUAUUAAUUUAGAAAUUUACAUAUUAUGAAAAUGUCUUACUCUAAGAGGCUAUUUCACUGUGAAAUUUGAUGGAAGCAUCUUGCAAUUGAAUAUAUAUGGGUUAUGCAAUUGUGUUGUGGCGAUGAAUCUAAAGGAUACACAAUAAGGUAAAUGGAAGCCUUUAUCAAGCCUUAUAUACAUGGAUGUUGCCUGCUGUCAAAGGAAGACCAAAGACAUGUUGCAUCCAGUUUUUCCAAUCUGCAGUUCCUCAAAAU